ACGAGCUCACCUGCGGCUGUGUUUGGAGAAGCUGAAAAGACAGGUCCCACUCGGACCCAAAGACAGCAAACACACCACCCUGAGCUUACUGAAGAAGGCCAAAUUGUACAUCAAGAAGCUUGAAGACGACGACAGAAAAGCCAUGCACCAAAUAGAGCAGCUGCAGCGGGAGCAGCGGCACCUCAAGAGGCGGCUGGUGAAGCUGGGAAUGGAGAGAAUAAGGAUGGACAGUAAAGAGAUCGCCGUGGAUGUUGAGAGCACGGACGACCUUCCUGCAGACCUCGACUGGAGCAGCAGCAGCCCAAGCGACUCGGAUGAGAGAGGGAGCCUGCGGAGCGUCUGCAGCGACGAGGGGUAUUCCAGCUCCGGUGUCAAGAGGUUGAAGUUGCAGGGCGAUUCCAAACCUUCUCUUGGUCUAUAA